UGUUGCGGGUUUCAAACGAAAGGUGGAGGUUCAGAUUGUAAGCGCAUCUACGUUAAUGGGUAGACUUAGAAUUGGGAUCUAAUCCCCACCAGGCUGUAAAUUCUCAAAAAAUUCCACUUUCUGAUGAUGAGAUAUUAUAAUGAGUAGACACAGUCCUUGUAAAAUAUAUAAGCUCCUUUCGUUUAUUGUCCUUCUUAGCGUUGAUCAAGGAGGCGAAUCACAUCUUGUUUUGUCCCUAUAAUAUUCGCCAACUUGCACAGCCCCACGAGUCUCUCCUCCUGCUUAUAAGGAGCAUGGCAACCUCUUGCCCAUACCAUCAUCGCCUUGACUUCAGUCUUCUAACUUGACUCCAAACGCCAUACACGUUAUCCACUCUCACCAUACUUUUUCCUCUUCAUCUUCUGACUUAGCUCCUCUGAGAGCAGCUCAGUGACCUUACCAGUUCAAAAUUUUGGUUCAUAUCUUCACCUAAGAGUAGAUUGAAUAAUGGCAUCUCUCUCUUCCUCAAGGAACUCCUCCUGGACACCAAAGCAGAACAAAUUAUUUGAGAAGGCUCUGGCUGUGUAUGACAAGGACACACAAGACCGCUGGCAUAAUGUGGCCAAGGCUGUGGGUGGAAAAUCUGUAGAGGAAGUAAAGAGGCACUAUGAGAUUCUGGUGCAGGAUCUCAUGCAUAUAGAAUCUGGCCAAGUCCCAAUACCCAAUUAUAAGGGCACUGGAAGCAGCGGCAGCAGAGGAAUUGGUGAUGAGCAGAGGCUUAUGAAAAACCUAAAGAUCUGAUGCGACGGCCCAGAAGACUUGUAAAAAGACAAAAUGGAUUGCUCUGUCAUUCUGCCUAACUACCCAUACCAAGUUUGGAUGUGUUUCUCUGCUCCUACUUCAAAUGUCGUCUACUUAUUGUAAUGAUUUUCUGCAAGAAAAUAUAUAUAUUAUGUGUUUUGUUUUGU